GAAGAGGAAGGAAUAUAAAGAUGAGUCUGGGAUGGAAACACGCUCCUCUCCCAGGGUGCGCAGGGCAACCACAUCCCGGGCUGAGAGGAUCUGGCCAGGGGGAGUCAUCCCCUACGUGAUCGGAGGAAAUUUCACUGGGGCCAGCACCCAUGAGCUGUGCUCAGCACCUGUGUUUCCAGAAAGGGAUCCUCUCUGCUGUUGGAAGAGCAGGAGCAGAAAUACCCUGGGUUGCUUUCUGCAUCCCCCCUCAAGAGAACUUUCCUUGUGCUCUCCGCGUCCUGACCACCAAACUUCAGGGUCUCCUGUAGGCGUGUGAGGGAGAGGAGCAGUGAGCUGCAUCCCAUGGGGGAUGAGGAGCUCUCCAAGUGUCCUUUUUAUAGCAUCUCCUGGCCACUGUCAAAACUAAAAUGUCUCUUGGGUGCGGCAGAUCUCUUGCAAGUUUUCACACGAAGCAGACGGACAACUUGCCCUGAUGCCACCUCUGUUUAGCUCGGUGGUUCCCCAUGAGACUGGUUUCCUUGACUCAUGGAUGACAAAUGCUCUAUGCCAGCUCCUCCAGGCUGACUCCACCACCUCCCACUUAGAUCCAGCAGAUCCUUAUUCCCUUGAGCUCCUGGGAUGUACUUGGUUCCAGCACCCACACUGCUGCCAGGAGUCCAUGAAGCCCCAGUGGAAGGUGUUCACCUCCUGCAAAGGGAAGGGCUCAUGGAACCUGGUGGGAUAUUGGGUAGCCUGUUAGCCACAGCUGUCCCCCUACAUUUGUCAGAGAACAGCCAUCCCCAUCCCUCAGGGGAUGAUGAGAGGGUCUUCUCAGUGUUACAUGUGUCCCACUGCCCUGGCCAGCCCGGAGUAGGCAACACCAUCCUUCCAGUUAGGUGACUGUAUAAGAAGUAGCUCUCGCCAUGGCACAUUCUCCCUUGUGCUCAGCCUGGUGUUUUGCCUCAGCUCAAUCCCACUCUGGAGCUCCUCUCUGUAUUUCUUGUGCCUUUCUGAUGUACUUAGGCCUUUCUCCACUCUCUAGUACCCUCUUGAGAGUGGCAGCUUGCUCUGCAGCCCGGCGUGCACCAGAGGCAAUGCUGCAAGGGCAGUACCAUAGGGCAGCCUCCUGCUGUACCACUCUGGGGCAUCGCUUCCCAGCUGUGUGCCUGGCAUGGAUCUGCUGAGUGACUUCUGGAGGGGCCCCGCUCCCUGGGGGGGACACAUGUUCCAUGGCCCGUCUUCUUGCUAGUGUGAGGCAGAUGUGACACCCUGCUCAGUCUGAGCACAGAGCAGCAGCAUAGCUCUACACCCGACCCUGAGGCUGCCUCUAGCUCCUGUAUAGUUUUUGCUUCUAAUCUGAAAGGUAAACCACCUGACACUAGUUUUGAGGAGCAUCUGUAGCACCUGUGAGAUUCCUGGGUCUUGAAACAUGUGUGGUCAUGCCAUGAGAGCAACUGGCAUGGCACUGAGCAGCUGGUAGCAUGGGCCAGGACACCCAGCAGCUCUGCCUAGUGAGGUGAUGUUUCUCAUAUGCAGAAAUAUUGAUAUGCUUAACCAAGAUUGCUGCCUGUUUAAUGAGAGCAAUUAAUUCAUCAAGCACAAGGAGAGAAAAGACUGAAGUAGUAAGUUAGUGCUAUAGUUGGAAGUGGGUCCCAGAUUCCUAGAGGUGUCUACAGGUAUAAAAUUGACUGUUGGAAGGACUGAUUGUUCACCUGUCCAGCUGAAGUCCAUCAGAGAGUUUCCUGGAAGCUGGGCCUUCGCUGUUUGCUCUUCUUGGAUUUUUUUUUCAGGAACCCAAAGAGCUAUCUUUAAGCAAGCGAUGAGGCACUGGGAGAAGCACACUUGUGUGACGUUUGUGGAGAGAACCGAUGAAGAGAGUUUCAUUGUGUUCACAUACAGAACCUGCGGAUGUUGCUCAUACGUGGGCCGCCGAGGAGGGGGCCCUCAGGCUAUAUCCAUUGGAAAGAACUGUGACAAGUUUGGUAUCGUGGCUCAUGAGCUGGGUCAUGUCGUGGGCUUCUGGCAUGAGCACACACGGCCUGACAGGGACCAGCAUGUCACGAUCAUCAGAGAGAACAUACAGCAAGGUCAGGAGUACAACUUUUUGAAGAUGGAAGCUGGGGAAGUGAACUCACUGGGGGAGACCUAUGACUUCGACAGCAUCAUGCACUAUGCUAGGAACACAUUCUCCAGAGGGGUUUUCCUCGACACCAUCCUCCCCCGUCGGGAUGAUAACGGGGUCCGGCCAACUAUUGGUCAGCGUAUCCGCCUGAGUCAGGGGGACAUCGCUCAGGCGAGGAAGUUGUACAAAUGCCCAGCUUGUGGAGAGACCUUGCAGGACUCAACUGGGAAUUUCUCAGCCCCCGGUUUUCCAAAUGGCUACCCCUCCUAUUCCCACUGUGUCUGGAGGAUCUCGGUGACCCCAGGGGAGAAGAUUUUGUUAAACUUCACAUCAAUGGACCUAUUUAAGAGUCGCCUUUGCUGGUAUGACUAUGUGGAGGUGCGUGAUGGUUACUGGAGGAAAGCUCCAUUACUGGGUAGAUUUUGUGGUGACAAGAUCCCUGAGCCAGUAAUCUCCACGGACAGCAGGCUGUGGAUCGAGUUCCGGAGCAGCAGUAACAUCCUGGGCAAAGGCUUCUUCGUGGUCUAUGAAGCUAUUUGCGGUGGAGACAUUCACAAAGAUGCUGGCCAGAUCCAAUCUCCCAAUUACCCAGAUGACUACAGACCUUCCAAAGAGUGCGUCUGGAAGAUCACCGUUUCUGAGGGCUUUCACAUAGGAAUCACAUUCCAAGCCUUUGAGAUUGAAUGGCACGAUGCCUGUUCUUAUGACUACCUGGAGAUCCGAGAUGGCCUCACCGAAUACAGCCCGCUGAUUGGUCACUUCUGUGGCUAUGAGAAGCCAGAAGAUAUCAAAUCCAGUUCAAAUAAAGUAUGGAUGAAGUUUGCAUCUGAUGCAACCAUCAAUAAAGCAGGCUUUGCAGCAAAUUUCUUUAAAGAGAUGGAUGAAUGUUCUCUGCCAGACAAUGGUGGGUGUGAGCAGCAUUGUGAGAACACACUGGGCAGCUACAAGUGCACCUGCGAGCCUGGCUAUGAGCUGACGGCUGAUAAAAAGAGCUGUGAAGCUGCCUGUGGGGGCUUCAUCACCAAGCUCAAUGGGACCAUUACUAGCCCUGGAUGGCCCAAGGAAUAUCCUACUAACAAAAACUGCGUCUGGCAGGUGGUAGCUCCAGCCCAGUACCGGAUCUCUCUGCAGUUUGAAGUGUUUGAACUGGAAGGCAAUGAUGUCUGUAAGUAUGACUACGUUGAGGUGCGUAGCGGGUUGGCUUCUGACUCCAAGCUGCACGGCAAAUUCUGCGGCUCAGAAAAGCCUGAAGUGAUCACGUCGUAUGGCAACAACAUGAGGCUGGAGUUCAAAUCGGACAACACAGUCUCCAAGAAAGGCUUUAAAGUUCAGUACUUCUCUGACAAGGACGAGUGCUCCAAAGACAAUGGUGGUUGCCAGCACGAGUGCAUCAACACCUUUGGGAGCUAUGUGUGCCAGUGCAGAAAUGGCUUCAUGCUGCAUGAGAAUGGCCACGAUUGUAAGGAAGCUGGUUGCGAGCACAAGCUGAGCGGUGCAGAGGGGAUGAUGAGCAGCCCCAACUGGCCUGACAAGUACCCCAGCCGGAAGGAGUGCACCUGGGACAUCUCUGCAACGCCUGGCCACCGAGUGAAAGUAACAUUCAAUGAGUUUGAGAUCGAACAGCACCAAGAAUGUGCCUAUGACCACUUAGAGAUGUAUGACGGCCCCAACACCAAGUCACCUAUUCUUGGCCGCUUCUGUGGCAGCAAGAAACCGGACCCUGUCGUGGCUUCUACCAACAAGAUGUUCCUCAGGUUUUACUCUGAUGCUUCUGUGCAAAGAAAAGGUUUCCAGGCAAAGCACAGCACAGAGUGCGGUGGGCUCCUAAAAGCUGAAGUACGAACUAAGAAGCUAUAUUCCCAUGCUCAGUUUGGGGACAACAACUACCCAGGUCAAACCAACUGCGAGUGGGUGAUUGUAGCGGAAGAUGGUUAUGGGGUGGAACUGAUAUUCCAGAUAUUCGAGAUUGAGGAGGAGGCUGACUGUGGGUAUGACUACAUGGAAAUUUAUGAUGGUUACGACAGCACUGCACCCCGCUUGGGACGCUUCUGUGGCUCAGGGCCUCUGGAAGAAAUCUACUCUGCAGGGGAUUCCAUCAUGAUUCGGUUCCAUACAGAUGACACCAUCAACAAGAAAGGCUUUCACGCCAGAUACAUAAGUACCAAAUUUCAGGAUGCAUUGCACAUGAGAAAGUAGUUUCACUGCUCCUCACAGAUAUUCCCCAUCUGAAGACUGAGACAUUUAACUGUGAUCUUUGUCUUUUUUUGGUUUUGGUUUGGGUUUUUUUUUUAAGCUUCUGUGCACCUGGCCAAAAGCAGUGUACAGUAUUUUCUGUAACUAAAACUAAAUCCAGUCUCAAAGGUUUGCCUCUGCAAUUAUUAGCAUGACCCUUUCCUGUUAACAUACCCAGGACCAAAAACUGUCUUCUAAUUAUACGUGCCAGGGCACAAACAUUGUAUUUUGCACAGCUCACCAUGGGGCUGAGUGAAGACUGAGCUUGAACUGAGAGAAGCCUUCAUCUCUUGCGUGUCCUGUUUCUAGGUGACAUUUCCCGAGCGUCCUGUACACGUGAGCUGUCUGAACGUGUUUUCUGGAGCAGGUGAUGUCGACAGCCACCCUGUAGGAUUUUCUCAAAGGACUUUGUGAGCCACCCACUCUCCCUUACCAGCCCAAAAUACUCUGUGCAAUAAGCGAACAACCAGACAUCUGGAACUGCAUCGCUCCUUCUGUCCUGUCCGUUUGUUGUCUUGGUUAUCGUGGGUUGGGAGCUAGGCAGGGGCGCAGGGACAGUCUCUGUAGUGCUGCUAGCUGCUUGGAUCACAAUGAAUGAGAAGGGCCCAGCGCCAGAUUUGCAGUAGAUGUCAUAGUCUAUGUUGGAUGGGAGUAUUUCAAUGUGGUGGCCAAGGUGGCUGGCAGGGAAGUGCUGUAGUGGGAUGCGAGGCACGGGGAGUGGUGGUGGCACAGCUUAGCAGCAGGAGUGCUGGCAGCGUGCCCUGGUUACACCACCAGGCAUGGCAGCUCAGAGGGCUAUGGCAGCAGUCUGAGCCUUAUCUUAAAUAAGGAACCUCUCCUCCUCUCCCCACAUGCAUUUGCUUUCUCAGCCUUCUUUCCGCCGCUUCCUUCCCUUAGUACCACUUCCCUGCCAGCCCUCCCUCUGGCAGCCCAGCCUACCUGUGCUCUGCCGCACCGGCUGCCGGAGCACCUCGCCCAGGGGAGCGCUGCACUGGGGACGGCCGGGGUGUCCCUGAGCAGGGGCAGGCAGGCCAUGCUGCGGGCCGGCUCUGGUGAGUGCUGGCAGCCUGGCAGGCAUGGGCAGGCUCUGCUGGGCACUAGGAAUGGAAGAGCUCUGCUGGGUCCUGCUCCCUCCCUGCUCCUCACCAGCCCAUGGCCCAGGCCAUUAACUUCAUGGCAGGGGUGCAAGUGAGACGGUGACUUAAGCACUUUGAGCUAUAAGGCUCAGACAGGCUCCGUGUUGCAGUUUUUUAUGUACACGGAAGCUACCAAGCCACAGGCUUGCAGAAUUAACAGGUAGCUCGGCACUUCUUUGGGAAAAAGUAGGGAAAACUGUGCUUUUGGGAAAACCGCUGUAAUUGAGCUGUUGAUAUGAGGGGGAGGGGGGGAGAGAAGAAAAAAAAAGACUUUAUUCUGAAUGGUAUUCCAUUAAGGCACUCAUGGGCAAUGAUGAGCUAAAAGCUGAGGUACGUUAGCUUUAAUUAAGUAUUUAUAAUCCCAGGAUUACUAUGUUUACAUAACCAAUGUACUGUCAGGCUCCGGGGUGAUGUCUCCUCUCUGGGGUAUGACUGUGGAGAAGCAUGGGGCCAGCGCCACUGUCGGGCACAAACGACAUUCCUGGAGAUGAGGGCAUUUGCCGAUGGGCAAUGGACAGGCCCAGCCCUCUCCGGAAGUCCUUGAACAGAAUAUGGUCCAAGUAUUGUGAAUACUAGGAGAAGCAAAUGCAUGAAAGUAUUUUCUUGCUUAGAACAAGAAAAAUAAUUUAUACACACACACACAAGAUUAUAUGUAUAUAAAAUGUGCAUGUAGAAGACCACUAGUCAAAGCCUUAAUAAGUGUCAUGUGAACAAUACCACUGACUAUAGCUUUAUUGCAGGCUGUAUAAAACCAUGUUACUUCUGUUUUGGUUUUUUAGCUCUGUUUUGUUCAUUUUUUCAAAUUUUAUGGCCUUUUUACAGGCAAGACCUCUGAUCUCAAGCUGUUUGACCAUGCAGGUCUGGGGAAGUGAGCUCUGCUAGAUGGGGCCUGUGUUUGUUCUUCUCUGCCUUGCCCCCCACACAAGCAAAAUCAUAGUGACUCAGGUCUGGAAAUAAAAGCUUGACACCGAUCCCUGUGAAACGGAAGGAAAAUUUCAGGUGGCAAGCACAAGUUCAAGUUUCCUGGCUCUCUAGCGGGAGCAGUGGCUGGAGAGAAGGGACUGUAGCAGCAUCCAAGGACUUUAACACCUCUGUUCUGUGUUCUGGUAAUUUCCCAUCUUCCUCAGCCUGGCUCACUGCAGAUGCUUGCAAUGCGGUUUUUUCAGAUCUACUACCCUUGUUAGCAGUCAUGUGGGUGUCCCCUGUGACAGUGUGCUCACAACUGUUGUACUGUGCAUUUCAGCCGAUGAUCUAUGUAGAAUAUUUCUGCUGUACUGACUGGGCUUAACAGUCAAUAAUUCUAAAUGUGUGAAAGUUUCUUAAGAAAAAAGAAAAAAAUGUCAGGCUCUGUAGUGUGUGUAUACAUAUUCUGGUCUUUGUGUGGCUUUACGUUUCACUAACUAAAAUAAUUUUUUGAGAGAGGGAGGAGGAGGGGUGUGUGUGGGGACAAUCACAAAUGUACCUGUGCCCAGAAUGAGUCUCUGCAUUCAUUAAAGGCUGUGGAUUCAGUUGCA